CUGUGGCGUGAUCGCAAAAAUCUACAGUCUCAGUCUCCAGGUGGAACCGACUGGCCAAUCUCUUCUACUCACACUCUUCAAAAGAUACUCCAGGGAGCCUUGGAAACACAGUUUUUCUGCAUAUCUUCGCCCAAAGACGAAUUGGCUCAGGCGGUCUGGACCCAUUUGAAUGGGAAGCUUUUUCCAGCACAUGCUCGGCCAACAGCCGAGCUCCCAUCUACAUUUUCCUCCAUUGACCGUUGCCUCGGCAACAGUCCAGCUUCGUCGCCUCGUCUCUCAUCAGCUCACGCCGGCCUCGCUCGAUUGCACCAACUCGCCGACAGUCGUCUCCUGAACGAGCCGAUGGUACAGAAAACGAGCAUCAUUUGA